GUCAACGAUAAAUUUGAAAGAGGAAGCCAUCUGAUGAUCUAGUAGGGGAGUGGACACUAUUCAGUAUAAUCGAGUGAACAUUCGCAAGAAACCUGGUCGCAAAAUUUUGAAAUACGCUUUGUAUUUCGGUUUUCAGUGAUGUGUAAAUACUUCAUUAUUUUACUGCAUGUAAUCAGUAGUUUUACGAGUGGAGAAAGAGGCGAUAUUAUACUUGAUAUCGAUCGCGGACUGUGGCUGAAUGACAGAGACUUUGAAAUGAUGAUCAAGUAUUCCUAUCACUUUUCUACAUGUUGCAAUAUAUUCGUCAAUGGAACAACAAGAGAUAUAGGAACUUUGUUCAAUCUAUUCAUAAAAAUCUAUCAGUAUGAGUACACGACUGGAAGCAUUGAAUACGGAUGCCGCGGGUUCUUUCUGUUGGGUUCAACUGGAGAAACCCUUGCUCUAGCUGUGGGCAGAGUUCCCACCGCUGUCUCCACCACCGAAAUUCUCAUAGUCGUUGAUGCUGACUUACGAGAUGAUUCACCUCUACUCAAUGUCAGUCUUUUUCAACACUCAAAUGUCAAUAUAAUUGCACGUUCUGGCAACUGGACGUUAUCCGAAAAUUUCCUGCAACCCCGGAUGUUCAAGAAAGUUCACAGAUCCUCCCAGAUGCGUCACAAGACCGGCAUCGUUGACCUUGAGGGCCGGCGAUUGCAAGUAACAACAUCCAACAUAGCGCCGUUCUCAUAUCUAUCGACAACUGUCAACAGGACUGUUAAUGGAAUUCAGGGCCAGUUCUUUGUGGCAAAUGAUGAACGCGAGUUGGACGGAGUCGAAGUGAAAUUAUUCCUGAUAAUGGCUGAGAAACUGAACUUCACGUGGAUGAUGAGGAAACCCAAUGGUCCCUACAGACAUGGGAGGCCAAACGGCACCUCUUGGAACGGCGGAAUGAUAGGUCAAUUAUACAGAAAAGAAGUUGAUCUUGCAUUCGGAGAGGUCUGGCUAGAGUACGAAAAAUCUCAGUACGUGAACCUAUCCGUGCCGUGGUACGAGGUGUGGAUAAACUUUCUGGUACCACGGCCGAAACCAACUGAGAAUGUUUGGGCCCUUGCGAAACCGUUUCGAUUGAAUGUUUGGGUUGCAGUCAUUGCAAUUGUCAUUCUUGAGAGCAUCGCCGUCUGGGGAAAGGCGAGGAUUAAUUCUAAAUUACCUCCAAGGUUUAGAAGCUAUGUGAAUACACUCAUAGAAGUAAUAGGCCGCCUAGUGGGGACUUGGGCGCCUAGAAAAACUCAGGGAAUUCGCAUUCAACUCCAAUUUUGGCAUUUUGCUGGACUUCUUGUGGUUACGGCUUACUCCAGUAGCUUAGCUGCAAGAUUAACUACUCCAGACUAUGAACCAAGAAUCGAUACAAUAGCACAAUUUGUCAAAGCUAAUCUAACGUGGGGUAGAGAGAGGACACCGCCGAACUACAGACACUACUUCGACUUGAACGAUCCAUAUGCCAAACAACUGUCUAACGGAUUUCUCAUUGAGACCAGCCAAGAGGACAGACAGUCAAAGAUUCUGGAAGGCAAUUACGCUAUCAUUGGUAAAAUCAGCCAUUCCAUCUUCUUCCCAGAGGUCAACGUUUGCAAUAGCGAUCUUGCUAAUUACAGGGUGAUGCGAGAAUCAACAGCUAAAUUCUUUAUUUCUUUCGGCGCCCAAUCGUGGCUUGUGCCCUCAAUUGACACCAUGAUGCGGCGCUUAACAGAAACUGGUUUAGUUGAAUAUCAUCUACGAGACGUCAUCCGUCGCAGGGUCAACGGCAGUCUUCGCGAUGUUUUCAUCGAGCACGAUGGUGAAAACACCAACGGCCCCAGAGCUUUGAAAUUAAAACCUCUCGGGGCAGCAUUCAUAAUACUUCUCGCUGGCUAUGUAGUAGCUACCAUUAUUCUCUACUUUGAACUGAAGAACAAAAACAAGAUCGAUCACUGAAUUGCAGUUGAAUCAGCGAAAAGAAUGUCUGUCCGACAAUCGGAUGGUGCUACAGAAUUGAGUUGAUUUUGACUGUUGGCCAGUUUUCAAUAAAUAUAUUGGA